UGCUUCUCUUUCAUCCUAUUUCAAUGCGACUCGCAACCAUCCUCACCUCUCUCUCUGCUCUCUUCUCCUCACACUCGUUCUCUCCUCCCUCUCACACACCCUCCACAAUGUCCUCCGUCACAAUCCACGCCGCUGGCUCCUACACCGUCAAGCGCACCCCCGAGCUCGUCGACCUCCACCUCCGCAUCCACAGUGAAGCCCCCUCGUCCGCCGACGCCCUCGAAGCUGUGCGCGUCGCUUCCGCCGACGUGUCUUCUCGCAUCAAAGCUCUUGCCCCGCCCAAGGCGGACGUAUCGGCUGCCAUUGACAGCGAGGAGCAUGAUAUCGACGACGAAGCCCGCGACCCUGCUUACCCCGUCACGAGCUGGAGUAUGCAGCAGCUGCGUACGUGGCGUGUUAUCCCAGACGACCACCUUCCUCGCCCCCCCCGCCCUCCGGUGCGCAUGAUGAUGAUGGCGUCGGCGGGACCCGAGGAGCCGCCCAAGCCCCAGCCAGUCUUCCACGCGGAGACCUUUGUCCGCGCCACCUUCCACGACUUUGGCAAGCUCAGCUCGGUCAUCGAGGCUGUCACUGCCAACGACGCCGUCUCCGUCGACAAUCUCACCUGGGAGGUUACGCGUGCGACCCGUAAAGCACUGCAGACGCGCGUACGCCAGGGUGCAUACGCUGAUGCGCUCGACAAAGCCGUCGACUACGCCGCACCUAUUGCACCCAACUCGGCGCCCCGCCCCGUCGAGGUGCGCGAUGACUCGAUCAGCUAUGGCCGCAGUCGCGUUUUCAAGGCCGCCGCGCCCAUGAUGAUGAUGGACGGCAGCGGAAGCCCCGAGUCGACUAUGACUUUCGAGCCUGAGCCCAUCGAGAUCUCGUCUCAGGUCAACGUCAAGUUUGUGCUCGACAUCUAGACUCCACACGGGCGGCCUUUUACUUGUAGAUAUAUGGCAAGCUCAUUUCACGGAGCACAAGUCACGACCCCUGAAAUGUUAAGAUGAUACAUAUGUGCCAAG